UCUUUGUGUCUAUAAAGGUGACUUGAAUUGGAAAUUCUGGUAUUGAGAAUUUGGCCGAAGAACUUUAGUAAUCAAGGUACGACGUGCUAUGGAAUCAUCAUCACUCAUAUCCCGCAUUUUAGUGGCGGCAUGCUUAUGAGAUCACUUCAUCUGCAUUAACAAUCAGCGCUCAGCCUGGAGAAUUAAUAAGGUGGUAUGUAAGCCAAGCGGUUACCCUGGUCCUCGAAGACCUAUAGAAAUAGGAUAUUACUUGCUCGUCAUAGCAAGAACGCUUGCACUCCACUUUACGUCAAGCACCAACAGACUAACCAUGACUUCUACCGCCACCACCACCCUCAACUACUUGCUCGCUCCACUUGAUGGUUCUCGGCCUUACACCGACAUCAAUGCAGAUACCGCCAAGGGAAAGCCGGUCAACAACUGGCUCAAGGACCCGCAUGAAAUGCGAAUUGAGGACGUGCGCGGGAAGGAGGAACUUUACAAGCUUGACAGUGCCGGAUUUCAGUAUGGGAGAGAAGCGCCGAAGCAUACCAGCUUCUUGAAUGAUGAUGAGAUCGAGCGCGAAUACUACCCUGAGAGCAUCGACCUCAUCAAGAGGGUAACAGGAGCGACCAAGGUUGUCAUCUUCGAUCACACUGUUCGUCGCCGUCGCCCAGGCGAGCUAGGUAAUAGCCCACAGAAACGUCAACCAGUCCCGCAGGCUCAUGUAGACCAAACCCCUGCGGCGUCCGUGGCUCGUGUCCAUAGGCAUCUCCCGCCCACAGAAGCUCCUGCCUUUCUUCGCAGACGCUUCCAAAUCAUAAACCUCUGGCGUCCUAUAUCGCAUGCAGCUGUAGAUUGGCCGCUUGCAUUAUGUGACUUCCGGAGCGUCGACUUCGAGAAAGAUUUGACGCCUGUCGCUCUUAUAUACCCUGACCGCGAGGGUGAGACAUUUGGAGUCAAAUACAACCCCAACCACCAGUGGAAAUAUCUGAAGGGGAUGACACCAGAAGAGUUUGUUCUUAUUAAAUGCUCUGACUCCGUACAAGAUGGGAGUGUCGCGAGGCUCGCUGCUCAUACAGCCUUCCAAGACCCAAACACUCCAGAGGGAGCGCCGCCUCGGGAAUCCAUUGAGCUGAGAACCCUGGUGUUCUAUGAUUAGAGCACGUUUUUUCCGAGUGGCGUUAAGAAUUAACAAUGGGGUCGUACCGUAUUUCGUUGUUGUCUGUAUUAUGCGUAGCCGUACUUUACCAAUUUUACUCUGAGAAAUUUUGCACGAUCCUCGUGGACCAUGGCUACCAUGACAAAGAUGCAUGUGACACGGGGAGUUCUGAAGUGGCGUCGAGCCAGCGGUCCGAAUCGAGGACCCGAUUACGUACUGAUCCGUUGGGAGGAGUUACCAGGUUCGGCCGUCGAC